UUUCUUCGCCCCUCGUCGGUCGGUCCAACCGAGGCACGUCCGCAUGUUGACUUAGCUGCCUGUCGGGCACGUGACCGCUGAAGGAAACACGGCUGCCCGGUCGCGGAGAGGAGGGGGAAAGAGUUCUCCGGCGGUCUCCGGUGGCGGACGGAGAUGGAGCGGCUGUGCGGACCGGAGCUCCCCUUCUGGGUAGCCAAUCAGACGCUCCACACAGAUCAGCCUGACCUCCCUUUGUGUUUCCAACUCACUGUCCUGUCAUGGCUGCCGUGCAUUUACCUAUGGACUGUCUCCCCUAUCUACCUCUUCUACCUAAAGAAGAACAACAGAGGAUACAUCAUGAUGUCAAUCAUGAACCGAUUCAAAACGGUAUUUGGCUUGCUGUUAUGGUUUGUUUGCUGGACAGAUCUCUUCUACACAUUCCAUGAAACGCAGCAGGAAAUCAGUCAACCGCCGAUUUUCUUCAUCACCCCGCUCAUGCUUGGCAUGACGAUGCUGCUGGCCACAUUUUUCAUCCAGUGUGAGAGGUUACGUGGGGUCCAGUCCUCAGGGGUUCUCUUCAUCUUCUGGUUCCUGUCUGUGCUGUGUGCCGUCGUGCCUUUCCGCUCCAAGAUCCUACAGGCAUCCAGCGAGGUUGAAGUUACUGACAAGCUGCGCUUCACCACGUUCUACUUCUACUUCGGCUUGGUGGUCUUGGAGCUGAUCCUUUGCUGCUUCAAUGAGAAACCUCCGCUCUUUUCCAAUGUUGUCGCCGACCCCGUGAGUCAUCCCUUGCAGCCUGCCCAGAAGUUAUCUACGCUCUGCAUGUUAGAGCAUGCAUCGUAUAUUGAAGGCCCAGAAUGCUUUGAAGAUUGUCUUUGCCUGAACGUCUGCCCUGAAUCCACAGCUGGUUUUCUAUCAAAGAUGACGUUUUGGUGGUUCACAAGUAUGGCCAUUAAAGGAUACAAAAUGCCCCUCGAGGCCAAGGACCUCUGGUCUCUGAACCAGCGUGAUAGCUCCAAGGCAAUGGUACCAAAACUCCUCAAAGAGUGGGAGAAGGAGCAAGCCAAAGCUAAGCGUAAACAGAAUCCAUCCAGUCAAGUUUUUUACUCCAAGCCUCCACCAUCCACCACCAACCACAUAGGAGGUGCAAGUGGAGCUAGCCCAGAAGAAGAUGAAGUGCUGCUGUCCGAUCAGAAAGCCGUACCUCGCCAGCCGUCGUUUUUACGUGCGCUCAUCAAAGCCUUUGGACCCUACUUCCUGAUUGGUUCAGCUUACAAGCUUCUGCAGGAUGUCAUCACAUUUGUUAACCCUCAGCUUCUCAGAAUGUUGAUCUCGUUCACAAAGCAAAAAGAUGCCCCUGACUGGUGGGGUUACUCGCUGGCCUUCCUCAUGUUCUUCACAGCUUUUUUGCAAACUCUCAUCCUCCACCAGCACUUUCAGUAUUGCUUCGUCACUGGCAUGCACGUACGCACCGCUCUCAUCGGUGCUAUCUACAGGAAGUCGUUGGCAAUAACUAACGCCGCCAAACGCUCAUCUACGCUGGGGGAGGUGGUUAACCUGAUGUCUGUGGAUGCCCAGAGGUUCAUGGACCUCACCACCUUCCUCAACAUGCUGUGGUCUGCUCCUCUUCAGAUUAUGCUUACGCUGUAUUUCCUCUGGCAGAAUCUGGGCCCCUCGGUUCUGGCCGGAGUUGCUGUCAUGAUCCUGCUCAUCCCAUUUAAUGCCGUUAUUGCCAUGAAAAGCCGCGCCUACCAGGUGGAGCAGAUGCAGCACAAGGACAGUCGCAUUAAACUCAUGAAUGAGAUCCUUAACGGCAUCAAAGUACUGAAGCUGUACGCUUGGGAGAACUCGUUCAAGGAAAAGGUGCUGGCCAUCCGGCAGAAAGAGCUCGACGUGCUUAAGAAGGCGUCCUACCUGGGAGCGUUAUCAACCAUGGCUUGGACCAGUGCCCCAUUUAUGGUCGCACUGACAACAUUUGCCGUGUAUGUGAUGGUGGAUGAGAAGAACAUCCUGGACGCGGAGACGGCCUUUGUGUCACUCUCACUAUUUAACAUUCUCCGUUUCCCUCUGAACAUGCUUCCCCAAGUCAUAAGCAGCCUCGUGCAGACGAGCGUCUCAUUGAAGCGAAUCCAAAGUUUCUUGAGUCAUGAUGAGCUGGAUCCAAAUUCAGUGGACAGAAAGAACACACCGUCAGAUUUUUCAGUCACAGUUGUCAAUGGGAAAUUCACCUGGGCUCAAGAAGAGAGCCCUGUUCUGCACAACAUUAACGUGUUGGUGCCCCAGGGCUCCCUGCUGGCAGUGGUGGGCCAUGUUGGCUGUGGGAAAUCCUCCCUCAUUUCUGCCCUGCUGGGUGAAACGGAGAAACUUGAAGGAGAUGUUUCAGUCCGGGGCUCAGUGGCAUACGUUCCCCAGCAGGCCUGGAUACAGAAUGCCACACUGCGUGAUAACAUCCUGUUUGGGAAACUGUACAAUGAACAGAAGUACCGCUGUGUUCUGGAGGCCUGCGCCUUAACCCCUGACCUCGAGGUUUUGCCAGGAGGAGACAUGACGGAAAUAGGAGAAAAGGGCAUUAACCUCUCUGGAGGCCAGAGACAGAGGGUCAGCCUGGCCCGAGCGCUAUACAGUGAUGCAGAUGUCUACCUGCUGGAUGACCCGCUGUCUGCCGUUGACGCCCAUGUGUCCAAACACAUAUUUGACAACCUCAUAGGUCCAGAAGGGGCUCUGAAGGGCAAGACGCGUAUUCUGGUGACACAUGGCAUCAGCUACCUGCCCCAGGUGGACAAUAUAGUGGUGAUGGCGGAUGGAAGAGUGUCCGAAAUGGGCUCAUAUCAGGAGCUGCUCAAGCAGAAUGGAGCAUUCGCGGAGUUUCUCAGGAACUACGCUUUGGAGGACAUCGUUGAGGAGGAUGAAGCCACAGAGGAAAUCAUCGAUGACGAGGACUUGUACCCUGAAGAUACCCUUAGCAACCACACUGACAUGGUUGACAGUGAACCGGUGAUCAAUGAAGCAAAGAGAAAAUUCAUACGGCAAAUCAGCAUCAUUUCAGCGGACGGUGAGACCCCUAAAUCCCGGUCAGUGAGGAGGCACGGCUGCAGUCAGAGGAAACACCCAGAGCCACAAGAAAAGGAGUCCCAAAGGAUCGAGAAACUCAUCCAGGCAGAGACUGCGGAAACAGGCAGGGUCAAACUAAAGGUCUACCUAGAGUACGCCAAGGCAGUGGGACUGCUGCUUUCUGUGCUUAUCUGCAUUUUAUAUGGCUGCCAGAGUGCAGCUGCAAUCGGAGCAAACAUUUGGCUCAGUGAAUGGACCAACGAUGCAUUGCAAAAUCAAACUGAGGACAAUGUUAAUAUGAGGGUGGGUGUGUAUGCGGCACUAGGAAUUACACAAGGUGUGCUGUUGUUGGCUACCUGCCUGUUGUCCCAGACCUACAGUAUGGUACGGGCAGCCAAGCUCAUGCACCGCAACCUGCUCCAGCGGGUCCUGCGAGCGCCGCAGGCCUUCUUUGAGAGCAGCCCUGUUGGGCGGUUAAUAAACCGCUUCAGCAAAGACAUGGAUGCCAUAGACUCCCAGAUCCCACAUCAAAUUGACAUAUGGAUGCACACUUUCUGGUACACUCUGAAUGUGGUGCUCGUGUGCUCUGCCCUCACCCCCAUGUUCCUCUUAGUCGUAGCCCCGUUAAUGGUGUUCUAUUGGUGGGUUCAGGCAUGUGUCUCUACCUUUUUUUCAAUUGACAACAAAAUUCUUCUACAGUAUGUGGUAUUCGCAGCUGUUAUCCCGAUCUUAAGUAAGGGUAAGAGAUUUUAUGUCGCCACAUCUCGGCAGCUGAAGCGUCUGGAAUCCAUCAACCGCUCGCCCAUUUAUUCCCAUUUCUCUGAAACCAUCACCGGCUCGAGUGUUAUCCGAGCCUUUGGUAGACACUCUGCCUUUGUUUGCAUGAGUGAUAUGAAAGUGGAUGAGAACCAAAAGAGUUACUAUCCCGGUAUAGUGUCGAACAGGUGGCUGGGCGUGCGCAUCGAAUUCAUCGGGAACUGCAUCGUGCUGUUUGCUGCUCUGUUUGCUGUCACUGGAAAGGAUGAUCUGAACCCUGGCCUCGUGGGUCUGUCGGUGUCUUAUGCUUUACAGGUGACCAUGUCUCUAAACUGGAUGGUGCGGAUGACUUCUGAUCUGGAGAACAACAUUGUAGCGGUGGAGCGGGUGAAGGAGUACUCUGAGACCAAGACCGAGGCCCCCUGGGAAAUCGAGGACAAGAAGCCCCCUCCUGAUUGGCCCAUACAGGGGAACGUGGAGUUCCACAACUACAGUGUCCGAUACCGAGAGGGACUGGAUCUGGUCCUGAAAAACUUGUCACUGAGUGUCAAAGGAGGAGAGAAGGUCGGUAUUGUCGGACGAACGGGAGCCGGCAAGUCAUCCAUGACGCUCUGCCUCUUCCGAUUGCUGGAAGCUGCUGAAGGAGAGAUCUCAAUCGACGAUGUUAAGAUAUCGGAGAUCGGCCUGCACGACCUGAGGUCCAAACUUACAAUCAUUCCACAGGAGCCCGUGCUGUUCUCUGGAACACUGAGGAUGAACCUGGACCCUUUCGAGAAGUACAGUGAUGAAGAGGUGUGGAAAGCGUUGGAGCAUUCCCAUUUGCACAAGUUUGUGAGAAAUCAACCAGCAAAACUGGAGAUGGAGUGCUCAGAGGGUGGAGAGAACCUUAGCGUGGGCCAGAGGCAGCUGGUGUGUUUGGCUCGAGCUCUUCUGAGGAAGACCCGAAUCCUUAUCCUGGACGAAGCCACUGCCGCCAUCGACUUGGAGACGGAUGAUCUCAUCCAGUCUACCAUCAGGACUCAGUUUGAAGACUGCACCGUCUUCACCAUUGCACACAGGCUCAACACAGUUAUGGAUUAUAAAAGAUUGCUGGUGUUGGACAAGGGACAGAUUGCAGAGUUUGAUACUCCUACAAAUCUCAUAUCCCAGCGUGGGAUCUUCUACGGAAUGGCGAAAGAUGCUGGACUGGCAUAGUCGAGUGUUUUUUGUCUUCACAGCACUUAACAAUAGUCUUGAGUGGGGUUGGGCAUCGUUUGAAUUUGAGUGAUUGCGGUUCCUCAUUUCGAUUCCGGUUCCGAUCAUUUUAGGGGGCUGGGUCAAAAACGUUUGCAUGGUUUAAAUCAAGGGUGUCCAAAUGAAUGAACAUCCAUUUUCUUAGCCGCCUGAACAUGUGACUCGGGGUUCUUUAUAACCAGUAUCAAUAUCAAACCUAUCAACUAUGAAAUAUAGCAUUGUUAAAAUAGUUAGUUGUGACUGUUUUAUCACUUCAAAUGGUUUAUAUUUGCAAGUUUUAAGUAUGUAGCCUUUUACUUUGAAGGGCUCGCACCGGAAUUCAGCAUUUUGGCACUGAAAAUAACUUGACGCGACGUCAGUAAAAAGAGUACUAAAUGCUCUGUAAAACGUCGACACACCGAAGAGAGACGAGGACAACGUUUUUGUGAAUUUUGUUCCAAUUCAUAAAGUUGCUAGUUUGACCUUUGGUGAAGCUUUAGCUCAAUGUUAAGCUUGUAAUGCGACUGUCUCUACUUUCUUUCCAGUACGGUAAAAUCAUUUGUAUUUAAUUUUUGUGUCUGUCACCAGCGCUUACGUCGGCUUGAAGACUAAAAUAAACGCCUAAAAGCAUCAGUGCAAGAGUGCGACCCACCGUUGAACCUGUUAGCGGCCUCCAUGUUGGCAUAGAUAUUAUUUGAUUGUUUCACUCACCCAGUUGACUUGACUGAAGUUCCUCGCGGUGUAGGCUGAGGCUUCUACACAUCGUAAAAGCCUCCAUUGCACAAUGUCAUCUGAAUCCAAAUGUUGCACUGGUCAUUUGUUUUAACAUAGCUAAGACACACUUUUGUUCGCCACUGCUGUUGGGCAAAAUCACUUUUGGGCGCGCGUUCUUCCUUGUUGGUUUUCGCCGCUUCUUCUUCUUCGGGGUCAGCGGACUGCAGGUAUCGAAACUGGGAACCGGAAUUUCUUCAUUUGAACGAUUCCGGGAGAACCGGAAUGUUAGUCUUGAUGCCCAACCCGAGUCUUGAGCGGCAUUGCAGACUUGCAAAUGGCUACAUCGGCUCAUGUAUUCGUUUCGCACUGCGGAGACAGAAAACAAGCUCCUUCGAAUUAGAUCUCAAAUGCCUGCAGCCAGUGGGGUGAGGAAGACAAGUGAAUGUAUCAUUUUCUAAUGAGCGGUCGCUACUGCAAAAUAACACAAGAAAACAACAAACAGGCAUUUUGUUACUUUUUUACUGGUGAUAAAACAUUGUGCCACUGUACUGUCAGCAAAAAUCCUUUGUGAUGAAUCCACUUAUUUUUGUACUGUAUCGUUAUUUAAGAUAUUUUCACUUUUUUUUAUGCAACUAGGUAAGUUUGUUCAGUUCAAUGUGAUAUAGUUUUGUUUUGUUUUUCCCCCACUUUCUUUUAUGCAACUACUAGGUAAGUUUGUUCAGUUCAAUGUGAUUCUUCUGUGAACCAAGUCUAUCUAUAAAACUUGAAUUCUGUACGACCAUAAAAUGAUAAUGCUUGUAUUAAAAAAGGAAAAUAUGAUUGUCCUAAAUUGA